UGGGGAUCCCGGGGCCCAGGGGGCCUCCCUUUGGUCGGCCUCCCUCCGAGCGCCCGGGGCCUGCCUGGAGCCCCGGCGUCCGCAGCUGUCGGUUGGGACUGGGGCCUGGGCAGGGGUCGAGGUCCGGCACCUCAGAGACACUAGGUGCUCAGGUUGUCCCCCACUCCGGAGAGAAGGCCCGCCAGGCGGGGGCAUCAGGCUCGCCCUUCUUUCUGCAUGGUCGAGUUUGGUUGUCCCCGACUGGGGGCGUUUCCGAGACCUCCGAGGAUCCCCUUGGCCAGGUGGCCCGAGGUCCGGCAGACUGACCCUCGUGCACCGGGCGGCUGAGCUCGGAUGGGAGAGACAAGCGCGGGUGGUGGAGAGUUGGGGAGAACCAGAGCACAGAUCGUUUCCUCCUUUACCUUCUUGCCGCCAAGGCCGGAGGAGGAGGGCCCUGCCUCCUCUGGGAAGUAACAGUCUGUGGCCGGAGCAGCCCGGAACGAAGACGUUGUCAUCACAGGAGAUCGGAGCUGGGCAGUGGGACCAGCUCCUCCCGAUGGAGAUGGUGGACACAGAGAGCCCCAUCGGUCCCCUCUCCCCACUGGAGGCUGAUGACCUGGAAAGCCCGCUCUCGGCAGACUUCCUACAAGAGAUGGGAACCAUUCAAGAGAUUUCUCAGUCUAUUGGGGAGGACAGUUCCGGGAGCUUCAGUUUUACAGAAUACCAGUACUUAGGAAGUGGUCCAGGAUCAGAUGGCUCCGUUAUUACAGACACCCUGUCCCCAGCCUCGAGCCCCUCAUCUGCCUCCUACCCCGCGGUCCCUGGCAGCGCCGAGGAGUCGUCCAGCAUCGCCCUGAACAUCGAGUGUAGGAUCUGCGGGGACAAAGCCUCUGGCUACCACUAUGGUGUCCACGCGUGUGAGGGCUGCAAGGGCUUCUUUAGGAGAACGAUUCGGCUGAAGCUGGUGUAUGACAGAUGCGACCGGAGCUGCAAGAUCCAGAAAAAGAACCGGAAUAAGUGCCAGUACUGUCGCUUCCACAAGUGCCUUUCCGUUGGGAUGUCCCAUAACGCGAUUCGUUUUGGACGAAUGCCAAGAUCUGAAAAAGCAAAAUUGAAGGCAGAAAUCCUUACGUGUGAACAUGACCUAGAAGAUUCCGAAACCGCAGAUCUCAAGUCUCUGGCCAAGAGGAUUUAUGAGGCCUACUUGAAGAACUUCAACAUGAACAAGGUCAAGGCCCGGGUCAUCCUUGCCGGGAAGACCAACAACAAUCCGCCCUUCGUCAUCCACGACAUGGAGACGCUGUGCAUGGCCGAGAAGACCCUGGUGGCCAAGCUGGUGGCCAACGGCAUCCAGAACAAGGAGGCGGAGGUCCGCAUCUUCCACUGCUGCCAGUGCACGUCCGUGGAGACCGUCACCGAGCUCACGGAGUUCGCCAAGUCCAUCCCGGGGUUUGCAAGCUUGGACUUGAACGACCAAGUCACCCUGCUGAAGUAUGGAGUUUACGAAGCCAUAUUUGCGAUGCUGUCUUCUGUGAUGAACAAAGACGGGAUGUUGGUAGCCUAUGGGAAUGGCUUCAUAACCCGUGAGUUCCUUAAAAGCCUAAGAAAACCCUUCUGUGAUAUCAUGGAGCCCAAGUUCGACUUUGCAAUGAAGUUCAAUGCACUGGAGCUGGACGACAGUGAUAUUUCCCUCUUUGUGGCUGCUAUCAUUUGCUGCGGAGAUCGGCCCGGCCUCCUAAACGUAGGACACAUUGAGAAAAUGCAGGAGGGAAUUGUGCACGUGCUCAAACUCCAUCUCCAGAACAACCAUCCUGACGACGCCUUCCUCUUCCCCAAACUCCUGCAGAAGAUGGCAGACCUGCGGCAGCUGGUCACGGAGCACGCACAGCUGGUGCAGGUGAUCAAGAAGACGGAGUCGGACGCCGCCCUGCACCCGCUGCUGCAGGAGAUCUACAGGGACAUGUACUGACGGCCCGGGCGCGCGCGCGGGGAGGGGCUUCUGCAGGAGGUCUGCAGGGACAUGUGCUGACGGCCCGGGCGCGCGCGCGGGGAGGGGCUUCUCCCGGGCGCGCGCGCGGGGAGGGGCUUCUCGCGGGUUUUCAGAGGCGGCGGCGCUACAGAGGAGAGACGGAGCAACGCAGCUUUGCACAAAUGUCCCCCAUGGAAACCUUGGAACAACGGGAGGUUUACUGCCUAGGUAACCGGAAGGCUACUCCACAUUUCUUUUUUGUGACCACUUCUGAGAGCAGUGCAGUCUUGAAAUGCUGGUGAGAAGCAGCUACUAGUCAGGACUUGGGAAAUGAGGGGGAAUGGUGUUCAGCGGUCUGAUUUUUAAUGUGCCUGAUGUGAAUCAAUGCAGAUUUCUUUAUAUCGUGUUAGGAAUUUACCAGUGAAUUAACCUCAAAAUACGUGGUCUCUCUUCCCUUUCUACCCCUUUUUGACUGUUAUGCUCUUUUUUAAUUUUGAAAACUAAUCAGCACUUUUUAAUUUUUAUAAUCCUGUAAACAUAGAUGUCUCCAAAGGUUAAGUAUUUUAAAAGCAGCGAAAUAUUUAUUUGGAAGACUUCGGUUCUGUUUCUUGAAUUCGAAGAAAGACAACGUGCUAUUUUUGAAUCACAGGAUUUAGAAUGUCAAAGAAUGAUUUCAAUAAGCUUAUCGAAAUGCACCGGGUGUUUCGUUUCAGUUUGCUGUUUUUGUGGUUGUAAGUAGUAUGUGGAAAAGUCUGUUCCCAGGUGUGUGUAGAAGAUUCCAGAAAGCCAUGUCUCAAGGCCCCCCUGGACUCAAUCCCCGCCCUGUUUUAAGCUAGCACCUGUGGUCAGCAGGAACAAGAGGGACUGAAGUGUAGUCCACUUCUCAUUCCUCUCGGCUCGAUUCCCUAUCAAAUCGGAAUCCACCGAGCCGAGCUGUUUGGGGGCCAGGGUCGCGUCUCCAUGGGCAAACUGACAAGUUAUUUGUAAAUUUGCUCCAAGCCCCCUCUGUCAAGGCAGCUCCUUGGUCUUUUUCUGUGUUGCUUUUCUAAAUAUGCAGCUUUGUUUCUUUUAACCCCUGUUGGUGGCAGCUGCUCCCUGGGGUGGAGAGGGCAAAGUUCCU